GUGUCCCCGCAAGUAGUUUGUUUUCCAGCGGCGGGCUGACGCGGUUCGUUAGCUUGUAGCUAGCUAGCGUCGUGUAGCGCUAGCUCCCGCAGGUAAACACCCAGCUCGUCCGCCGGGGAGAGGACGGGACGUGGCCGCGCUGCUCGCCUGCUGUAAGCGGCGGUCAGCCCCGGGAUUACACGGCUAACGCUCAGUUAAUACGAUGAUCCAAGGAUGUGCCCACUGUCAACACCGUGCUGGAGUUAGCUCGACACAGGCAGUGUCGGUAGUAUGCGUUUAGAUUAUGAGUAACGACCCUCAAGAACGAGUUUCUACAUCACAACAAACACAGGCCAGUCUAUCCAUCUGGGGAUGGGGGGGUCUUGGAGUCGUGCUGUUCCUCGUCACCUUUGGACCCUUUGCCAUAUUUUACCUGGCCUUUUAUAUCUUCUGCUUUGUUGGAGGGGGCUUUGCGGUCACUCUGCUCUAUGGAAAGAUCAACUCAGAGAAACACCUGGAGAAAUGCGAGCACUCUUACUUGCCACCCACACAGAUUGGUAUAGUGAAGACAUUGGAUGAGAUGAAGCUAGAAAAUAAGCCUAUAAAGAUUGACCGGAGAUUGACUGGUUCCAGUUUUAUAGAUGAACCACUACAACAGGUGAUCCAGUUCGCUCUGAGAGACUACAUCCAGUACUGGUACUACACUCUGAGCGAAGAUGAAUCCUUUAUAUUGGAGAUCAGACAAACUCUGCAGAACGCACUCGUCCAGUUCUCCACACGGUCCAAAGAGGUGGACUGGCAGCCUUACUUUACCACUCGCCUGGUGGACGACUUUGCCACCCAUUUACGUGUCUUCAGAAAAGCCCAGGAUCGCCUCGCUGACAGAGAGGACAAGCAGAGAGACAUAACAGAGGAGCUGGUGGACUCGUUCUUUGAAGCCGAGGUGGAGAUGGAGAGGAAGAUUUGCAGAGACUCAGUGUGCACUUCAAACAAAGACGAAGAAGGUUUCCUUCGGGACUUGUGUGAGUUGCUUCUGUAUCUGUUACUACCUCCUGGAGAUUUCCACAACAAGAACAUGAGAUACUUCCUAAGGGAGGUGUUGGCUCGUGGUGUGCUGCUUCCUCUGAUCAACCAGCUGAGCGACCCGGACUACAUCAACCAGUUUGUCAUCUGGAUGAUUCGGGACUCCAGUUGUAACUAUGAAGCCUUCAUGAACAUACUGAAGUUGACGGACAAACCUCCUGAGCUGGAAGCUGUCAAGGACAAGGUGGUGGAAGAGCUGCAGUAUCUCCGCUCCCUGGACACUGCUGGAGAUGACAUCAAUGUGAUCAAAAACCAGAUUAACAGUCUUCUGUUUGUGAAGAAGGUGUGUGAGACCAGGAUCCAGAGGCUGAAGUCGGGCAAGGAGGUAGACGCCUUGAAGCUGGCAGCCAACUUCGGCAAGCUGUGUGUUAUCCCCCUGGAUCACAUCCUCGUCCACAACAUAGCCCUGCAGUUCUUCAUGGACUUCAUGCAGAUAGCGGGGGCGCAGGCCGAGCUGUUUUUCUGGCUCACUGUGGAGGGCUACAGGGUGACAGCACAGCAGCAACUGGAGGCUAUGCUGGGCUGGCAGAAAGAUGGCAAGAAGCAGCCCAGCGCCACCAAAGGACUUCUGAAGGCCGCUGCACUCGGUGUCUUCGAACAAUACCUCUCUGAAAAGGCGUCUCCCAGGGUGCAGGUGGAAGAGGAGUCGGUAACAAGACUUUGGGAGAAGCUGCAGAAAGAAGAUCCCACGCCGGAGAUAUUUGAUGAAAUCCAGAGACAGGUGUAUGACAUGAUGCUACGUGAUGACCGCUACUACCCCUCCUUCAAGCAGAGUCCUCUGUACGUCCGUAUGCUCGCAGAGCUGGAUAUGUUGAAAGAACCAAGUUACCGGGGAUCUGACGACGGCGAUGGAGAGUCUUUCAACGGCUCUCCCACAGGAAGCAUAAACCUAUCUUUGGACGACUUGUCCAACUCCUGCCAUGAUGAAUCUAUGCAACUUCAUGCCUUCAUCUCGGACACAGGGGUUUGCAACGACCACGGCAAGACCUACGCGCUGUACGCCAUCACUGUGUUCAGACGCAACCAGGAUGGCAGCGAGGACUGCUGGAAGACCUACCGCCGCUAUUCAGACUUCCACGACUUCCAUAUGAGGAUCAUUGAACAGUUCGAGAACAUGGGGUCGAUCCUCAAGCUGCCAGGAAAAAAGACAUUCAACAACAUGGACAGAGACUUCUUAGAGAAGAGAAAAAAAGACCUCAAUGCUUACCUACAGUUGCUAAUGAACCCAGAGAUGGUGAAGGCCUGCCCAACUCUGAUUCCUUAUGUCUACGACUUCCUAGAAAACAAGGCCUACAGCAAGGGCAAAGGAGACUUUGCACGAAAGAUAGACACAUUUGUCAAUCCUUUGAAGAGCUCAAUGAGGAACGUGUCCAAUGCGGUGAAGGCCCUGCCGGACAGCCUGGCUGAAGGAAUGACCAAGGUAUCUGACAACAUGGGACGCAUGUCAGAAAGACUGGGUCAGGACCUUAAACAAUCUAUACUGAAGGUGCCCCCACUCCUCCCCAAGUCAGACAUCGACCCUGAACACUGUCGAGUCUCCGCGCAGCUGGAUGAUAACGUGGACGAUAACAUCCCGCUGAGGGUAAUGCUGCUGCUGAUGGAUGAAGUGUUUGACUUGAAGGAGAAAAAUCAGUGGCUGCGCAGGAACAUUAAGAACCUGCUGCAGCAGCUCAUCAGAGCGACAUAUGGAGACACCAUCAACAGGAAAAUCGUGGAUCAUGUGGACUACUUGACUGCACCAGAGCAGGUGGCUGACUAUGUCAAGAAGUUCAGGGAUUCCUACUGGCCCAACGGUAUACUGGCUGAGACAACGCCCCGCCGGGACAAGAGCAUCCGCAUGAGGACACGAGUAGCUGCCAAGACCAGCCUGCUGGGUAUCAUGCCAGAUGAACUGAAGCACAUCAUUGGAGCGGACACCACGAGAAAGGGCAUCCUGCGCGUCUUCGACAUGUUCCAGUAUCAACCCAUGAACCGACGGCUCGUCUACGUUUUCCUGGAGGGCUUCUUGGAGACAAUGUUCCCCCAGUACAAAUUCCCCGAGCUCUUUGUCAAGCUGCACUCCCGCUCACCGCGCAUCCACCGAUACAGCCAGAAACUCAAAUCGGCCUCUCUCAAGAGGUGACAGGAAAGGACGAGGCAACGGGACCGACUAAACACACACAGACUUGGGAGUGAAGAGUGAGAGCGGGGGCUUGACUUGAAGCUUGAGGUGUGUGUGCGUGAUCUCUGCCCUUCCACUUCGCUCACACUCUCUGGUGAUAAACACUCCUAUGAUCAAGCUGAUUGUCUCUUUGAAAACCGAAGGAUGAACAACAGACAGCCCUCCUCACGCUCUGUGACACACACAUGCGCAAACACAAGUCCUGUAAUUUGCACCAAGACUGAACAUGGCAGUCUUUUCUUUUAGCUUCUAUGUUUUCUCCCUCCUUUUUGGAUUUUUUAGUUGUCUAGCUUUACCCCCGGGCCAGUCGAUGCUGCUUUCCCAUGGUCCAGAGAGCUGACCACAGAUACUGUAUUGUUUUUAAACUGCAGGAGUAGAUAGCGUAGACCCGCACCUUGCCUUACCUUCCCGUUUCUUCUGUCUUUCAGCCAGCUCAGUCUGCCACCAUUAAGCUGGCCGUCGUUAUAGCUACCCUCAAUGCUGUAGACAUGUCAACUGCGAAAUCUAUAUUUUGUUUCCACAGCAACCAAAUAUGUCAAAAUCACUGGGUUGAAGAGGCGCUGUUUUUAAAAAUGUGACUGAACAAAUGUGGGUCGAAAGGAGGAUUUUUAUUUUUAUCGUCAGCAUUUUUCCCCAGCCUCAAUUUUUCUCUUGACUCAUAUUUUUUCCCCUUUUUUGCUCGUCCGAAGUGUGACAUCAUCUGUGCCGCCCACGAUCCUCAAAGAGAAGGCCACCUCCCCUUUAACACUAAUGUCAUAACCUGUGACGACCAAAGCUCACGCUGUUCCUACGUGUGUGUGUGUGUGUGUGUUUGAUGACGGGAUCCUCUAAACAUGCUGUGCAUCAUAUCAAUAAUCGUGUUGGAGCAAGAGAAUGAAGUGUUGGCCGUAAAGCUGAGGCUGAGACGACACGCUGAAGUGUGUCACAGCUGUAGGGAGAUCAACUUUGGAGCUAUCUGAGAAUCUAGCUAUCAAAGAAUGUGCUCUCUGGUCCAGUCUGUAUUUUGCUUGUGUAGAAUUAAGUGCAAGUGUGUGUUUGUGUGUGUGUGUAUGAGUGUCAGAAACUGUGCCAGUCUGAGCGAGUGAACCAGCCUUAAACCUACAUAGAGUAUAAACUGACCGAGAGACGCACACUAGAGGAAGCUCUCCUCCACAUGACUGAACGUUACAAGAAGAUCAACAUAGAGAUAUGGAGAAAUAUCCCUAAUCACUUUUAUUCAGAGAAGAUUUAAUUUAGUGCAAUAUUUUUGUUCUUUAAUGCAUGUGCAUUUUGAUUCAUUGUAUACUGGAACAAGUAAUUCAUAUUGUUUUUAAAGUAAAGAACACAAAAGAAGUCCCCAGAAACGUCUUCUUAUCCCAACAACUUCACAUUCCGUUGUUGUAACAAUACAAUGUUCAUUUUACAGACUUGUUUUAUAAGUCGGUGGUUUGUUAGUUUUGGGUGUGAGGAGAGUAUUUUCCACUCAUCCCUCGCCCACUCGAGGGUUUUGGGGUAUUGAUCGGGGUGGUG